GUUUGCCGAGCAGCCAGGGAGGAGAACAACGGAGCGGCUAGUAGGACCCGAACGCACUGGGUGGAAAUUGUGUUUUUAUAAAUCAGCAGAAAGCGCGUUGAGGACAGUUUGUGUUCAUUGACAAGGCUGCUGAAAAGUUGAGGCCGAAUGCAGCGGUGAAAUCCAGUCCUAACGGCAGCUGGUGGCGGUGCUUUUUAGCAUCAGCUAGCCGGUUAGCUGGCACUGACUGACGGGGGAAGCCGUCUGAAAAGCCGCUGGUAACAUCAGGCGGCUGGUCCCAACUGGAACAGAACAAAAAGGAAAGGAAGGAUUAAAAUAUAUAUAUUUAAAAGUUGAAAUUACGUCUGAUAUUACUGGAAAACACGGCUGCGUCGUAACAAGCAAGUUAGCAGUUAGUUUGUUGAGACUAGCUAACUUAGCUGUUGUUGGUUGAUAUCAGGCUGGCAUCUGUAAAUACUGGCUUAGGGUAGCUUUAGCUAACGUAGCUAGACAAACACAAUGAGCUCUGAAGAGACUGCAGCGUCCACUAAAGCCACCCCCGAGGAUGAUGGCAUGACAUGGUGGUACCGAUGGCUCUGCAAAAUAGCUGGGGUUUUGGGAGGAAUAUCCUGUGCCGUCUCAGGAGUGUGGAACUGUGUCACUGUGAACCCUUUAAACAUUGCUGCGGGAGUGUGGAUGGUGUUGAAUGCCUUCGUGCUGUUCCUAUGUGAAGUCCCGUUCUGCUGCCAGUUCAUAGAGUUUGCUAAUGCAGUAGCAGCCCGUGCAGACAAACUCAAACCGUGGCAGAAAGCCUUCUUCUACUGUGGGAUGGCUCUGUUUCCUGUAUUCUUGAGCUUCUCCUUUACGACCUUGUUUGGGAAUGCCAUCGCCUUUGCUACAGGAGUUCUGUAUGGCCUUGCGUCUUUAGGCAAAAAGGGAGACGCUGUGACUUAUGCCAGACUUCAGCAUCAGAAACAGGGGGAUGAAGAGAGGAUGGCAGGAACGACAAAUGGCGCUCCAGAGUGAGGCAUCUGCAUUCUCACCCUCCUCCUCCCCUCUUUUUUCGAUUCCUGCCCUCCAUCCAUCCUACCUCUUCCUCCUUCCCUCACUAUCAUUUCUGUCACUACAACAAUGGUAUGGAGUUUAUUUAUAAACUUUAACUGCUGCAUUCUUAUUGUCCUGAAUUAAUAGUAUCCAAACAGAUGAUGUUGGAUUCAGUCCAUUAUUUGGUAUCUGGUGUGUGUACCUUAAAUCUUAAGUUUUGUUUUUAUGUUUUUAAUUCUUCCACUGGGUUGUAUUUAUUAUUUGUUUCCCCUUGUUGUUUGUUGCUGCUGUUGGUUGUAAACCCUUUUUGCAGGAAAAAAAAAAGUGAGGUGCAUUUUUGAAGCCCAAGAGCCUUUCAGGAAAAAUGAAAAGAAAUUAACGUGAUUGUAAAAUGUACAUAAUUGACUUCAGGUUAUUCACUAUGGCUGUGAGGCUGUGGUUCAGAGUUGUCUGACUUACAGGGUACAGUGGGUAAAGAUACGUCAAAUAAUACGUUAGGACUGGGGUCUUCUUAAACCUGACUAAAUGCAGAUGACACAGCCAUAAGAACUGAUAAGGAAUAAUAUCCCUAUGUGUAUCUGUCUUCGUUCCUAUUAUUAUUCCUUUUUUUUUUUUUUCAAUCUUUCAGACUGACCAUUAAAACACAGAUCUGUAAGUAACUGACCUAAGGUGUAGCUGCUUUUGAGUUUCUGGACAGCCACACUCAGGUUUUCUGUUGAUAAAGAUGAAAUGUGUGAUAUUUUUUCUUAGGAACUACACCAAGAGGGAAAUCUCAUUUGUAUAGUGUUAAAGUGUGACAGUUUGAUUUUAUGGCCUUUGAUAGAUUGA